AUGGAGAAAGAAGACAAAGAUGGGGAGCUUAGUCAACUUGUGAAGGAUAUAGGCUGCAAGGAUCUUGUGUUGCAGGAGGAGGGAACUGAUUCAGAUGAGCUAAAAAGUCUGCAUGGAUCAGAUGAGGAAGUAGAUGAAAGCCCCUGGUUUAGAGAGGAUUUUGACUUUAAGAAGCCAAUUGUUCUUCAGCAGAAGCAAAUGUUUAGCAGUAGUAGGGUGUUAAGGAAGGCAUUGAGAAACCCCAAGAGAAGCAGUCUAGGGUUGGGUAAGUGUAGUGACGAAGUACGGAAGUGUAAUUUCAAGGUCUCUGCAAGGAGGAUUUAUGACAGUUCUGCUUGGCAAAUUAAGGAGCUUAUAUUAAAGCACAAGUGUAUGAGAUCUAAGAUGAAUGCAUGUGUCACAUAUGAGUUUUUGGUAGAGAAGUAUGUUGAAGAAUGGAGAAGCAACCCAAACCCUAAAAUUAACAAUUUUAGGGCAAGGGUUCUCAGUGACCUAGGAGUGAGUGUAGGGUACUCUCAAGCAUGGUUAGCUAGGGCUAGAGUAAAGCUGAUGAUAUAUGGUUCUGCCUCAGAGCAAUAUAGUAGGGUGUGGGAUUAUGGUAAGGCAUUACUCAAGCAUAAUCCUGGGAGUAGUGUGUUUGCUAUUGAGGAGGGAAUAGACAGACCAGAACCUCCCCUGUUUCUGAGAAUGUAUGUGUAUGUACAAGCUUUGAAGACAGUUGCCGAAGAUGACAAUAACCAGAUUUUCCCUUUUGCUUGGGCCACAGUUGAAGUUGAAAACAAAGAAACUUGGGGUUGGUUCCUUGAGUGUUUGAAGAAAGAUUUUGGUGACUGCCAUGGUGGUUUAGGGCUGACUUUCAUGUCAGACAGACAGAGGGGGUUACUUGAAGCCUUCCAAGAUGUCAUGCCAUUAGCUGAGAAGAACUGUGUUAGGCACAUUUAG